UUCUUCUUUACUUGUAUCUUUCUGCCAGGGAGUGCCAUUCCCCCAGAAUGAGGCCAACGCCAUGGAUGUGGUGAUCCAGUAUGCAGUGCACCGGCUGGGCUUCCAGCUCUCCGACAUAGUGGUGUACGCCUGGUCCAUAGGAGGGUUCACAGCCAGUUGGGCAGUGAUGUCAUACCCAGAGAUCCAAUCAGUGGUGCUCGACGCCUCCUUCGAUGACCUCCUGCCUCUUGCCCUCAAGGUCAUGCCCGCCAGCUGGAAACCGUUGGUACAGCACGCAGUGAGGCAGUACAUGAACCUCAACAACGCUGAUCAGCUUCUCAAAUAUCAGGGACCGGUCCUGCUGAUCAGGAGAACCAGAGAUGAGAUCAUCACCACAACGUGAGUCCAUCU